CACCUCCACGUUUAAUCUCGUCCUUAACGUCCUAAAACUAGGACAUUUCGGGUUUUUUCCACGGUUGAAUACAGAAUUAGGUGGGGGAUUCGACGGAGUCGUGUCGUUAACGCACUGUCUUAUCAAUUUACGGCCAUUUGGAGCGUCACGGUGUAUGCUGAUGUGUCACACCGGAGGAAUCUAUCGGUAUUAUCGGUGGAUUCAGGUUAUCAUGUUGGUGUUCUGAUUGCUACGUGCUGGGAAUAAUUUGCUGAUACUGAGUGGGAAGAGCUGUGAGGAGGGAGGUGCUGCAAGAUAGAACAUUGACCUGAUAACGCUUUUCUGAUAUCAUCUCCAAGGCUCAUGUGAUUGAAGUCCUUUCUUUUACAGAGGAGCCACCAAGGCUUACGGUUUCCUGUCAAGGAGAGGGGGUUGGAGCUCUCUUGGCCAAAGCCAGUACCAGCAUCUGUUCCAAAAUAUUCUGAAAUAUCGUUUUAACCCUGAACCUCACCAUCCCAACAUGGAGGGAGUUACAGAGUCUGAGACAGUAGAUGGAUCAUCUCCCUUUGAUCUCUUAGAACCCCCGACUUCUGGAGGAUUUCUGAAAUUGUCCAAACCCUGCUGCUACAUCUUUCCCGGAGGAAGAGGAGACUCUGCAUUGUUUGCCAUCAAUGGAUUUAACAUUUUAGUAGAUGGGGGAUCUGACAGAAAGUCUUGCUUCUGGAAACUGGUUCGCCACCUUGACAGGAUUGACUCUAUUCUGCUCACCCACAUUGGGGCAGACAACCUUCCUGGAAUUAAUGGCUUGUUCCAAAGAAAAAUUGCAGAGCAAGAAGAGGAACAAAACCAAGGAUCUGGUUCAAGUAGCAAUGGCGAGUCGAUAAAGAACCUGAUUUCCCCUGAACUUGGGAUUGUAUUUUUGAACGUCCCAGACAAACUUCGGAUGCCAGAGUCCACUCUAAAAGUGAAACGGAGCAUCGAGGAAGCAUCUCUAACACUGCAAUACCUCAAUAAGCUUGGAAUAACACCAGAGCCUCUUCACAGGGCAGUGAGCAACACUAUUGAACCCAUCACACUCUUUCACAAACUUGGUGUUGGAAAGUUAGACAUGUAUGUGCUAAACCCUGUAAAAGAGAGCAAAGAGAUGCAAUUUCUAAUGCAAAAAUGGGCUGGUAACAGCAAAGCCAAGACAGGGAUUCUAAUGUCUAAUGGAAAGGAAGGAGAAAUAUCUGUUCCCUAUUUAACAUCAGUUACUGCUCUUAUUGUUUGGAUUCCUCAUCGUCCCACAGAAAGAAUAGUUAGGGUGCUCUUCCCAGGGAAUGCACCACAGAAUAAAAUCUUUGAGGGCCUUGAGAAACUGAAACACCUAGACUUCCUGCGAUACCCAGUGGCAACUCAAAAAGACCUAACAUCCGGUGCACCACUGCCAAUCAUCAAACAGACCAAAAUUAGAUCAAGAGCUGACAGCAAAGAGAGUCUGAAAUUAUCACCAAAACCAAACUCCAAAACAGCCAAGAAAGAAAUAGUUGGCCAAGAGGAAGAGCCUAAGAGUGAGAAGACCAAAGAUAAUAAACUGGAGAAAAAAAUCAAAAGUGAAAGUUUGAAGGCCUCCAAACAGCAGAAAAAUAGCGAGGUGGCCCCCAUAACAGGCAAGUUAGAGAAGAAGAAAAUAUUAAAGGAGAAAAGCAGCAAAACUGACAAAGUGUCUCGUAUGGAUGAAAAGAAAGACAAGGAAAAGAAAGAAAUUAAGAGAGAAAAAGCAAAAACAGAUGAAAAUAUAACAAAAGAAGAGAAGAAAGACAACAAAAAGAAGGACCCAAGUAAGCCAGAAUUGAGAAAAAUGACUAAACCAGACUUGAAGCCACUCACCCCUGAAGUGAGAAAAACUUUGAGAAAGACUCAGGCAAAGGCCAAGACUGAAAAAAAUGUAACAGUUAAAGAGGAUGUAAAUGGUAAAAAGCCACUCCCCAAGCACCUCCAGGAAGAAGCUGCAGCAGCGGCUCAUGCUGAAAGAUCCACUGCGUCUUCCCCCGAGGACCUUACUGAGGACUUUGAGGCCCUUAAAAGAGAAGAGUUGUCCAAACCCAAGACAGAAGCUACUGAGGUGUCAGUUCACAAGCAUACUAAUGUGUCUACCUCAUUUCCCCUAAAUGAGAACAUUACGCCAGCUACUGAGACAAAGACAGUCUCGUCCACAUUUUCGGCCAAACCAGAGGAAGACAACACCACAGACAAAAUAACCUCAGAACAGAUAAAAGGAAAUGAUUCAUGCAGUGAUAAACUUGAAGACAGCACGAUAACUUUGAAGACAUUUGAGGAUUAUGACACAUAUUCUGCAAAAGAUGAUCUAAAAUUCAUAUCAAAGAAGAGUGAUAGCUCAGAAGAGGAAGAUGAUGUAAUUGAAAAAGCAGAGCUUGAAGGAACAGAAGAUGAUGAGGUUAUUAAGUGUAAAACACAGGAGAUGAAAAAAGAAAAAACUGGAAAAGAUUUUGAUACUCAACCAACCGGACAAUUUACAAUGUCAGCUGCAGCCCUGCCUGGGCGAGGAGUAUCGGCAUCAGCCUCAGAACAAUUCUCCUUUAUCCAAGAUGAAACCAUCCCUGGUUACUCUGAGACCGAGCAAACUAUCUCUGAUGAGGAGAUCCAUGAGGAUACUGAAGAGAAAAUCCCACAGUUACGAUAUAAUGUGGGAUCUUAUGACAUCUCAGUCCCAGAUUUCCCUGGGACCUUUGACUCAAUGCAGGGCAUGAAGGAAAUAAAGAGCUUGGUUGUGUCAGAUGUUGUGGAUGUCAGACCCAAAGCCCUCGUGGGAGUUCAGGAGCCUGAGCUUGCUUCCUACCCUGUUAUAAUUGCUGCUCCUCUUGCAGAGGAGGAGCACAUCUCCUCAGCCACAUCCAUAACAGAAUAUGACAAAAUGUCUUCAUUUGCCACAUCUGUAGCCGAGGACCAGUCAAUAGCUUCUGUUACAGCCCCUCAGACUGAGGAAGUUGGAAAGAACUCCCUCCUCCUUGACACCAUCAACAAUGUACCCUCACCUGGUACCCAAGGAAAGGACUAUCUCCACUCUGCUGGUACCAUUUCACCCACCUCCUCUCUGGAGGACGACAAAUGUUUUAAGUCUCCUUCCUCUGAUGAGUACCAGCCCAACAUUCCUGAGAUGGAGAAUGAUGCCAAGGCCCAUUCAGUUAAUGAUGAAGAAGAUGACGAGGAAGACGAGGAUGAGGAUCAGACUCCAAAUGUUGACAUCCCACUGGGUAAACUCAGACAAGGCUAUGAGCAUGCUGCAUCCUUGAUGCUCAAGGAGAACGAGAAAUCCCCCUCAGCCGCCAUUUCUUCUCCUAUUUUCUCAGAAGAGCACAAACCUCCUACACAGGUUGCAGGUGAAAGUCAGUCUCCAUUUAGUACUGGGGAAUUCAAGAUUGGUACUGGAAUACAACCUCUAUCAACUUCUCUAUCCUUCGCCGCUGGACUGGAGUCACACUUUAGGCAAGAAAGUGAUGAUCGAUGUCAAAGUCCAGAUGACAGCACCGUGAAACUGGCUUCACCCACACAGUCAGUGCCUACAAGCAGUGGUUACUCUCCUGCAGAGGAAAAAUCAUUUAAAACAGAAGGCAACAAUGAAGCAGUGACUAAAUGUGAUACGAAUAAAGUGGAAAAAUCGGUCUCUAUUUCUGACAAUACAUCUUUAACUGGACACUCAGUUGAAAAGGAUGCAUUUGAGGCAUCAGAGGAAUCUGAAGAGGACAGUGUGAAUGAAGACGACUAUUACACCAAAAAAGAUCUCCAACCCGCUGUUAAAGCUAAACUUAUGGAGGCAAAAGAGGGGUGCUUCCUGGAUGACGACUUAACUACUGAGGCAAAGACUGCAAAGACGGACAUAGAGCUUCUCUGCUCAGAUGGGUCUCUGUCUCCUACUGCUGAAGACAAACCAAAGCCUCAAAUCAUACACUCAGAUGAGGAUGAAACAGAUAAUUUUCCAACUGGAAUAGAAUCAAGGUUCUCUUCAGCAGAGCUAACCAAAACAGACAUUAACAAAGAAAGUGCUGAGGAAACAGAUAUCCCUCUCACAGGGCAUGAGAAAAGUGUUCAUUUUGGUCUUUGUGAUUUCCCAGAAAAGGAGCACAAAGAGAAAGCCCUUUAUAUAAGACAAGACACACCUUAUGUGCAUGGCAAAACAUUCUCGUACGGUGACAUUUAUGAUAGCAAACCAAGUUCAGUGGAAUCAGAUUCAUAUUGUCACGAGUCCUUAGAUAAGGUGGAGACGGACAUUUCAAAGGAUGAUGUUGGUUUUCCUCCAUCCCCUCUAACGGCGAGGGACAAAAUAUCAGAAAAGGAAGAAUGUAAUGUCUCAUACGGAAAAUAUCCUUCCACUCCAACAAGGUUUGAAUCCAAGAGCCAAUCAGUUGUUUCUCCAUUGGUCAAAGAUGGCAAAGAUUAUGAGACAUUUGAAUACCCGGGUCAAUUUUCCUCAGUGGCAGAUGGGCCUAAAGUAUUGUCUACUUCUCUAUCAUCAGACAAAGACCCAUUGUCUUUUGCUAGGCAACCAGACAGCCCAAAACCUGCACCAUAUUCCUCGAUGACAGCAUCCAAUGUCUCCCAAGCUAGUGGUUCUGAUAGUGGAUCAUGUUUGGAGAUCGAUAUGCGAAAACUGACAGCAAGGGAUGAGGAAGACUAUGAUGAUGAUGAAGUAAUUGAUGAAGAUGAUGAUGAGGAGAGAGACGAAGAGGAUGAGAACAUUGAUGAUGAAAGAGCUAUUUGUUCUGACAUUGAAAAAGGUCCCAAAGAAAAGUCUGAGAAGGAGAUAAAAAGUCCUGUCAGUGAAAUAUGUGGCUCAAAUAAGCCAGAAUUUAUGGUUUCUAUGGCUGGAUAUGGUUUUAACAGUCAGGGGAAACCAAGUGAGAAAGAAAUCGUAUUCAGCUCACUCACAAAGGUAGUGGAUGAAGAUAAGACUGACUCCUCAUCCAUAAGUCAUAAGUCAAUUGAGUUAGCAGCUACAGGUUUCUCUGGCUACUCUACAGAGUUAGACUUAUAUGGGGGUGAGGAUAAGGAAUCACUUUUAUCAAGUCAAACCACAGACAAAGGUAAUGAAGAUUUCAACUUGAAGUCAUCAGAGGGUAGUUUUUACAGCGAUAGAGCUGAUCAGUACACAAGUACCGCUGCCCCCGGGUACUCUUCAUCCUCUGCAUAUAGCUACUCUUCCUCUACUUCAGGCUCAUUCUCUACCAGUCGUCAGCUUGCGGAUGAGCUGGAGACACCUGCCUCAGCUGAGCCACUAUUUGAAUACUCCUCCUUCAAAGAAGAACACUCCCCGAUCACUGAUUCUCUGUUUUCUACUUUACUUGGCACCAAAGAAAACUAUUUGGAAGUGUCUGAGAAAAAGGUCCCUGCUGCAACCACAGCUGAGGAUACCUUCAGCUUGUCUCACUUUUCACCCCUCAAUCCAUUUGAGGAUUCUAAACGCUUGGCUUCACAUUCAUCCACUGCUUCUGCUGAAGACAAAAAAGACCACACAACCGCUUUUGGUAGCGUUUUGGAUAAACGCCCUCAUUCAGACUGUUUCUAUAAGCCUGAGUGGUCUGAAGCGUUUGCGCUGGAGUCUGCAAAAGGCUUUGACCAAUCAUUAACCUUGCACGCUCAAGAGGCAGCACUCUCAAUUAAUAAAGAGGCAGCCAGCGCUGCACUGUUUGGUGUCACUUCUUCACCAAGGCCAGAUAUUGAAGGCAAGCACUACUUUGAAGAGACUGACAGCAGUGAAGAGGAUGAGGAUGUUUACAUGAGGGGGAAGUCUAAAAUAUCACCCUCCAGUGGUGUCACAGGUACCUUGUUGUUCUCUGAGAAGCCAGAUGCUUCAUUUGGAGGUGAAAAGACGAGCAAUGUUCACCCAGAUGUUCUUGGUUCAUACAUGUCCUCACCACUUGAGGCCAGCAAGCCGGACCCAACCAAAGGCCUCGCAGAGGUCAGUACAAGUUCUACCCUCCUUGCUGGAGCAGCAGCCAAUGAUGCGAUUUCAGGCACAGCUAAAAUGGAGUCCAGAGAAAGUGCAGGAGGCUACAAGAGCUCCUACGAGUGGGAAAUGCCCAAGCCUCAGAUAGGAAGGAUGCCUGGAGACUCCCCUCCCCAUUAUCGUCAUGAUGAUGAGUUUGAGGAGGAGUGUGAAAUGGAGCCUGAGCAUCCUGCCCGCCCGCUUUCUCUCUCUUCAACUAAUAAGCCUUUCCACUCUCCCUUUUACUUUGAGGAGUGUAGCCAACAAGAACUGGAGGAGGAUGAUGAUGACAGUGACCAGGAGCUUGCUGAUAAAGCAGCCAUAGGAGCAGCCUCCACCUCUGCCGGCAACACAUCUCCCGGAUAUUCAUCCUGUGAGUACAGGCAGCGUAAAACAGACCUCUCCCCUUCCUUUAUCAACCCGUGCAUGAAGCAGCUAUGUAGUGAUGACGACGAUGAGGAUCAAGGACAAAGAAGUGACCAGUCACAGGAAGGCGAUGAACAUGAUAUGUCUGUUAAGAGAAGGGCUAAGCAGCCCCACCAUCAGCAAUCCCACAGCAGCUCUGUCCAUCAAGCAAGUGGCACGUCUGCAGGGUUAGGUCUAGCAACAGAGGACACACCACCUACUUCUAUUAGUGAGUCUUUUGCCUCUCAGUCAGACUCUGAAGUGCAUCAAGGCACGGAAGAGUAUCCUUCUGUCACUGCCGAAGGCAACAUGGACUCAGAUGAGGACGCAGACUAUAUGCCCGUCGACAAGAUAGCUGCCAUAGGUGAAGGCAGCCACCACUCUUCCUCCUGGAAAAGCCAGGACCCAGUUCCCACACCUCAAAAGGACGCUUACCCUCACCCCCCUCGACCAGAUGUUUGUAUGGUGGAUCCUGAUUCUUUGGAUAAUGGCUCAGUUAAGAAAGAGCUUAAAGCUAAAGGCUUGAAGAAAGCUUCGGGGAAAACCAAAGCAUCACCAUCCAGGCGCAAGAGGUCCCCCAUGCCUGUCAAACAGACAUCAUCUCCUCGCAGUGCGUCACUGAAGAAGAAAGAAGCAGACAAGAGCUCACGAAUGUCUCGGCUGUCAGACGGACAAGGCUCAAAGGACGAUGACCUCUCACGGUCAAGCUACAACCCUGGAAAGGGGCUGACCAACAUUAACAAGAAUAGUUCAGGUUCUCAAAAGGCUGGUUCUACAGCUCCUAUCUAUGUGGACAUGGCCUACAUUCCCAACCACUGCAACGCCAAGAAUGUGGAUAAAGAGUUUUUUAAACGCAUUCGCUCUGCGUAUUAUGUGGUCAGUGGUAAUGAUGCUGCCAGUGGUGAACCAAGCCGUGGAGUUCUUGAUGCACUGUUGGAUGGCAAAGCUCAAUGGGGGUCAAAUCUUCAGGUGACGCUGAUUCCAACUCAUGACACAGAAGUGACUCGUGAGUGGUACCAGCAGACACACGAGCGGCAGCAGGAGCUCAACAUCAUGGUGCUAGCAUCAAGCAGCACUGUCGUCAUGCAGGAUGAAUCUUUUCCUGCCUGCAAAAUCGAGUUUUAAGAAUGUAGUAUUUUGCUGCGUCUCCCUACUGUAGAUCUGUUUAAACUACUCUCAACCCCCUUAGAAUGUGGGUUCUUUUUGUCCCUUCUUAUUGAUAACAGUUGUUUUUUUUAAUCUAAAUUUGUAUGAACUUCUUAGUUUGUUGUAGCUACAACAUAUUUGUUCUCCACUCCAUUAGAGUCCCGCAAAAGACACAUCUUUGUCUUUAAACUUGUUUUUAAAGCCUGUGAGGAAAUGGAAUUCUACGAGACCAUUGUUUAGAUUAAGGCUGUGUCUCAAAUGGAAUACUUCUGUCAGUACACUUCAAUAAGUAAACUGCGUACUUAGUUCCUAAGUGCACGCAUUUUCCAAUCCCCAAAUAUUGCGUACUCACCGGAAAUGAUGGUUGGAAUAUUUACCAGCAACCCUCCACUGCCACGGGUUGCUACCCAGCCAUUUCUCAAGUUAGCCGCCGCCCUUGUGCUACACAGCCACUAUGGCGACUAUUGCAGCUGAAUACUGAAGGUGGAAGCGAAUACAUAGACGAGAAAUAUGUACUCAAUUGUCACAUUUGUUCUUUUUAGUUACAAUUUUUACCUUUAUUAUGCCUCUCAUGCGUAGGGCAGAUUCUUCUGAUGGCAGAGUGUCAAAGAAAAGGAAAAUUAAGUGCAUUUAGACAGUCAAAUGCUCAUAAAGGAGAGAUAUGUCUAGCAACAAUUGUUGCUACUUUGACUAAGCUGCUCAAAAGCCGCUACCAUCAUCAAGGAUAGAGAUGGUAUCUUUUUAUUACUUUAUUGUCAUAUGUUCUGUGUACAGUUUGAGUAACUUAGGUGUUCAUUUAAGUCAUAGGAUGGGAACUUGCUCAUAGGCCGAGGACCUCCUGCACUGACAGUGCACUUCAUUUUGUUGCACUUCUCUAUGUGAAUGCACUCAAAAUAGUAAGUGUACUGUAAGUGUGCCAACUGAGACUCAGCCAAGCAAAAUAGGCAGUUUCUGCAAUAACAAAAAAAAGGGUCAGAAAUCGCUCAACCCGUACCUGGCAAAGACCAUAUUUGUGCACCUUAAGGUCAGAUGGAGUCAUUAUCCUCUUCAGUAUCUCUUUGUUUUGCAGUACAACUAUAUGUAAGCUAGAAAAUGAUGCUAGUUAUCAGUUUCUUCUCCUCCAGUUAUUUCCUGCGUGCCUCAAACUGACAUAGUAACAUAGAAAGUAUUCAAGUAGAACCCACAAUGUCCUGUCAAUGUCUUUCAAAUAUAUCUAUAUAUAGCAUAGAGAAUAUCUUAUUCCAAGAUUUAUAAUGUUGUGCAAUAUUUCUAUGAUGAAAAUCACCUUGUUGCAGUUACAACUUCUGUGGAUUUGACCUUUCAUUGCUCAGUGUUAAAGCUCCCCUUAACCCCUGCCAUGUGUGUCCAGUUGUUGCAGAGAACCUUCUUUGUCUUCAUAAAGAACAUGACUGUGCAUUUGAAGGAAGGAAAUGCUGCAUUUUUAGGAUCUUCAAUCAACGACAAAUGUGCGACAAGAGAAACAUGAAUUGCAAAAGGAGAGCGUGUGUCUGCGUCGGCCCGCGUGGUUAGCGGUCGAGGUGAGACCUUUAGUGCCUUUUUGUCCUGAUGUGUUGGAAGAUGAUAUGAUUGGCAACGAAUAUCAAGGGUGUCCAAAGCUUUUUUUUUACCAAGGAGCUCUAUUGUACAGUUUGUGUAAAGACCUUUUAAAGCCGCCAAAUUCUUAGUAGAACGUAGUUGCAUUUGUGUUGCUAUGGUAACUGCUACACAAUUGUUGCAUUGAUACAUACACAUUAGAGAUGCGCGGAUAGGCAAUUUAUUUCAUCCGCAACCGCGGCAGAAAGUCGUCAACCAUCCGCCAUCCACCCGAUGUAACGUUUGAUCAGAACUGCAUCCGCCCGCCAUCCGCCCGUUGUUAUAUAUCUAAUAUUAAUAAAAAAAAAAAAAAAAGGGUGAAAACUACGCGAAUUGCACCUUGUGCAGACAAGAUUUUUCGAUCGGACACGGAGGAAUUAGUGAUGUAAAAGACCACGUUGGGACAAAAAAACACAAGUCUAAUGCCGUUGCUAGCGAUACAAGUGGAAAACUUUCAACGUUUUUCCUCGCCCAAACAGAUUCUUUGGAUGUGAUAAAUGCCGAAGUUUUAUUUACGGAGGCAAUAAUUGAGCAUGGACUUCCAAUCGCACUGGCUGAUCACAUGGGACAGUUAAUAAUGUAAUGCAACCUUUAAAAAUCAUUACACGGUGAUCGCGAUCCCAAAAAUAAACUUUUCUUGCAUGAUAAUGUCCAGAAAAAUUCGCUUUAUAUUACUAUAGAGUCCUUUUAACGAAUGAGUUUGAUGGUUUAUUACAAACCUUAAAUGAAAGAAGUCCUUAAUUGUUCUCCUGCAGCAUGGCCUUGCUUUGUGUUUGGUGCGCCAUCCUGUCGGCUGUAUUUCACAGCACGACACACUGUUAAAAGUGUUUAUACUAUUUAUACUUUCAAUUAACAAAUUGAAGUCUUGUGAAAGGUUGACAGGAUAACUGGCAUUAACUGUCAAAAUAAUUUCAAACUAUUGAAGUUAGCUUACAGAAUAAACAUGUCAAUCAACCCAUAUGAUUUUUGCUGUAAUAUUUUUGUUUUGAAAAGUCACUGUGACUGAUAGAAAAGUGAUGGUUUUAGCAACAUUUUAACCUGUCUGAAUGCUAAUAAUCAUUUUGCGAGCAAGCAGGUAAGCUGCGCGGGCGGAGCGCGCGGAGUGACCCAUGUUACGAGCCCCCGGCCACGGGGGUGGCGGGCAGGUAAGCUGUUUACCUGCUGCGCGUGACGCCGGCCGCGGCGAAAGCGGACGAGGCGGGGUGUCGGUGCGGUGGGCGCGGUAGUGACCCUGGACGUGCGUCGGGCCCUUCUCGCGGAUCGCCUCAGCUACGGCUCCCGGUGGGGCCCUCUCGGGGGAAGGAGCCUCGGUCCCGGACCCCGGCGAGGCGUCCCUCCGCUCCGUAAAAGUGUCCAUCUCUUUUUUUUUUUUUCUUCUGUUGUGGCAUAUGCAGCAGGUGCCUGCUCGUUUUUCGUAUGUGGGUAACAACAUUUAACUAUGUAUAUAUAUUUCCCAAUUGGUUUAACUGCCACCCGCAAAAAAAAAAAAAAAAAAAAAAAAAAUCUAAUUAAUCCGCCCGACCCGACCCGCGAGCGGAUAAAAUCUUAUUUUUUUAAAUUUCAUCCGCCCGAUCCGCGGAUAAUCCGCGGACUCCGCGGUUGUAUCCGCAAACCGCGCAUCUCUAAUACACAUGCUAUUACGGGCGAUUUACAUUCCUAAGAUUCAACUAUUUUGAUCCGUGCUCGGCAAGUUGACCUUCCGGAAAAUAGGUAUUGAUCCAACAUUGUUUCAAAAGGAAAUACUAAUUUUAUGGAUACUACAAAAAAGAAAACUUUAGAUUCAAU